GUUCAUCUGCUGGACGGUAAUGGCGGAGUGCCGGGGAUCAUCGUCCAAAUGGUUUUUUACCCGGGAACAGCUCGAAAACACCCCGUCCCGCCGCAGCGGAGUGGAGCCAGACAAAGAGCUGUUGUAUCGACAGCAAGCCGCGAAUCUUAUUCAGGACAUGGGCCAGAGACUAUAUGUUUCUCAACUCACAAUAAAUACUGCCAUUGUUUACAUGCACAGAUUUUAUAUGUACCACACUUUCUCCAAGUUCCAGAGAAAUACCAUCUCCCCAACAGCAUUAUUUCUGGCUGCAAAAGUUGAAGAGCAACCACGGAAACUCGAACAUGUCAUUAAAGUAGCUCAUGCCUGUUUAAACCCCCAGGAGCCUCCACUGGAUACAAAGAGUAAUGCAUACCUCCAGCAAGCUCAAGAGCUGGUGAUACUUGAAACCAUAGUGCUGCAGACUUUAGGCUUUGAAAUAACAAUUGAACAUCCACACACUGAUGUGGUGAAAUGUUCCCAGCUAGUGCGAGCAAGCAGGGAUCUGGCACAGACUUCCUAUGUCAUGGCUACCGACAGUCUGCGCCUCACCACAUUCUGCUUGCAGUACAAGCCCACAGUUAUCGCCUGCGCCUGCAUUCACCGGACCUGCAAGAGGUCCAACUGGGAGAUCCCUGUUUCCCCCGAUGGAAAGCACUGGUGGGAGUAUGUGGACAGCUCAGUUACACUUGAACUUCUUGAUGAACUGACCCAUGAGUUUCUGCAGACAUUAGAGAAGACACCCAGCAGGUUGAAGAGAAUUCAUAACUGGAGGGCUACGCAAGCUGCUAAGAAGCCCAAAUCAGAUGGUCAGGCCUCAGACAGCAGCUCUUUAGCAGGAUCUUCAUUAACCCAGGACAUGUCCUUGAUGGAUGCCCUUCCUGGGGUUUCUACAAAUACAGCAUUCUCCAAAGCCUCUACGUCUUUCCCAGUGACCCUGCCAAGCAACUCAAACAGCAGUCUUUCUCUUGAUUCCGUUGCCAACAUGCAGGGAACUUCAUACACUUACACUGCCCCCAGUGACUGGCCUCAGGACCAAGUACACUCAGACCAGUGUUCCUUCAAACAAUUUCCCCCACACAGUUCUAUGCAUCCACACCGGCCUGACAAAUGUGCAGAGUUCAACUCUGCCAAACACGAACAUAAGGCUAGCGGCGGGGCGAAGCACCAGGCCUCGACCUAUCCACCACCUGCAGCACCCACACAGAAGAUGUCUCUGGACAAGUACAGGGAGAAACAAGCUGCUGAGCUGGCAGUGCAGAAACGCAGGCAAGAGCAGCAGAACGUGGAGACGGAGGUCUAUGGCGCUCCAACACCGAUAGAUCACCGGAAACACCUUCCCCAACUGUCUCACGGGCAGCAGGGAGCAGGAGCCACCACUGCCUCUCCCCUGAAGAUGAAGCUGCCCAUCUCUGGGCAGGACAAACGCGAGAAAGGGAGCUCUUUAAAACUGCGUCUUCCGGUCCCCUCCCAGAGCGAAAAGGACGGAUCAAGUAAGGAGGAGCUAAAAAUGAAAAUAAAGGUGUCCUCUGAACGACACAGCUCCUCAGUUGAGGGUGCUGCAAAGAGCAAACAUUCCAGCCCGCUUGUGAGCAAGGAGAAACACAGAGACCACUCAGCCCAUCGUCACCAUCACAAACACAGCCACUCACACACUCACACGCAUAGCGGCAAUGGCCGGAGCAACCUUGAGGUACCCGCAUCUGGUUCGGCCCUUCGGAGCCCAGUAGGUUCCAGUGGUGAUGGCACAAGCUCUGCUUCCAGUUACUCACGCAAGCGGGUGAACCCCGACGCCAGCCACAAUCACCACCCCAAAAAGAAUAAAAGCUCCAAAGGCGGUGCAGGUGGGCUACGGACAUCUCAGCACCCUAGUGAAACUGGACAGGAAACCAGUGGAGAGCCAUGGCCCUGAGGGCGCCAGCCUAUCUAAUGGCCAAAACAUCAUCUACUAAGAUACUUUUGACAUGCUUGAUUCGCUAUUAAGUGCCCAAGGAAUGGACUCCUGAACUGAUAGGAAAGAGGAUAAAAUAUAAAAAAUCAAGCAUAUAUUUCAUGUUUAGGAAGAGGAAAAAACAGGAAUGUGAACAUUAAGAGAAAGAAAAUAAAAAUGCUUCCCGAUCUUCUGGCAGUUCGGUUCAGUCUCGCCAUCUCUGUAUAAAUGCUGCUUUCCUCAGUAUUCCUUCACUAGCAAUCUAUAUGUAUGCGUGAGCCAGUAUAGGAAUGUCAGGGCCAAUAUAGUGGGAAAAAAAACCUUUUCA